AUGCACCCGCCAGUGCGCCUCCGUCGGACCAGCAGGACCAGCAGCGGCGCGGAGCAGCCCAAGCAGGGUUAUGGCAGCGGUACCAGCAGGACCAUCGGCGGUACAAUCAGUGGCACUACUGUACUUACUCGCCACACCCGCACCAGCACCGACAUCAGCUCCGGCGCCGCAUCCGCACCAGCACCAGCGUCCGUUCAGGGCGCCCGCCGGACGCCAUCGUCAAGAGUGGCCAAGCAAGGCAAGCGCCAAAUUCGUCGGCACCACCUUCCUGUCCAAACACCAAUUGCCGACGCAAGCCACAGCGGCCUCGCAGCAGCUUUGUCUGGUCGCAGCUUCCAGCUCCCUUCUCGACUCGCUACUAGUGCAUAUCGCCCUCCUCCCGACGGCACAGUCCCGUCCUCACCCUCACCCUCACCCUCACCCUCACCCUCGCUCUCGCUCUCGCUCUCAUCGUCCGUGCUGGCCCGCCCCGACGCUCCUUCAAUUUCCGGCCGCCCUCUCACUCUCUCGGACGCUCCGCUUUCGGCGGCCGCCGGACGAGCCGACAUCGCAGCCCUCCUCAUCACUCUGCUGCCAUCCCCGGCUUCCACCGCCCGCGCAAUGGGCCAAGCUGGGGGUUCUCCGGAGCCUCCGAGCCCAAGGACGGAUCAUGACGCAAAUCAAGAUACGACACCCGACACCUUGGCUCCCGCGCCCGCGCCCGCACCCGUCUUGGCGCGGGAGCUCGAUCUCGUCGGCCUUUAUCCUCACCCUCAUUUCCUCCACAGCCAACGUCUGCUGCCCCGGCCGAAGAAGUCGCCCUCGACCUGCAGCGCCUGCCGAGCACGCAAGGUUCGCUGCGACGGCCUUCGACCGCUGUGCUCCAACUGCCAGCGCCUCUCCUUCCCCUGCUCCUACGACGACGACGACGCCGACGUCGGCCACCGGUCGCUGCCGCGUCGCCGCGCCAAGAGAGCCUGCCUGGCUUGUCACGGCCGCAAGGCCCGCUGCUCCGGCCACGUCCCCUCCUGCGACCGCUGCCGCGCCCAGGGGCUCGAAUGCGUCUACCGUCCAAGCAGGCGCCGGACCGCGCCCCGAGAGACCUGCGGCCAAGCGGAUGCCGGCCCCGACGGGGACGAUGCCGCCGACGACGCUCACCCCGACAGCGACACGCCUUUGACCGAUCGUCCCGGCACAGAAACCCCGAGCACCCUCGACCUCGACCUCGAGCUCACCUGUCCGGAUGAAUCCUUCGACGCCCUCGUCCGUCGCACGCUCGACCAGUUCUUCCGCCACGUCCACCACAUCCCCAUGUACUCCUUCCUCCAUCGCGCCUCGCUCAUGGAGCAGUACAACGCCGGCAAGGUCGACAAGGCCCUGCUCUUGGCCCUCGUCGGCAUCACGUCCUGCCUGACCGACAUGGGGCCCGGCCUGGCCGACUACGGCGAUCGCUGCGUCGACAACGCCGAAGCCUUAAUCUUCGCCCACUACACGCGCCCCUCGACCUUCAAGAUCCAGGCGCUCGUCUUCAUCGUGAAGCACCGCAUCCUGUCCAGCAAGUUCUCGAGCGCCUUCAUCCUCUUCAGCCUCGCCUCCCGCUUCGCCGCCGCCCUGCGCCUCAACUACGACAACCCCAACCUUUGCUUCCUCGCCCGCGAGUCCCGCCGCCGCCUCAUCUGGUCCCUCUACUGCAUGGACUCGGCCAUCUCGAGCGGCCACCGAGACUUUUCCCUCUGGAGAGCCGACAACCUCCACAUCUGCCUGCCCUGCAACGAGCGCAACUUUGAGUUUGACCUGCCGCAGCAGACCGAGAAGCUCAUCCCGCCCCUCGACGAGCCGGCCGGCCCGCGUGCCGAGGACGUCGGCAGCAUCGCCCUCCACGUUCGUAUCUUCCACCUGCGCCAGAAGAUCAGCGAGUUCACCAAGUCGCUCCUCGUUGGCCCCGCCGUCGACGCCCUCGACCUCCAGGCCACCGUCUUGUCGUUACACCAGCACCUCGACGACUUCGCCAACCGCCUCCCCGCCUCAUUUCAGUUCUCCGAGAACUCGCUCCGGCUGCGAGCCUAUUCACCGCGGAUAUGCGUCUUCGUCAUGAUCCACGUCUGGUGGCGCCAGUGCCACUGCGACCUCUACCGCGUCGCCCUCGCCGGCUUCCGCGAUGCCCUGCCGCGACGGGUGCUCGAUUGCCUCGACGACGGCUUCGUCCGCCACUGUCGGCGACAGUGCCUCGACCACUCGCUCGCCAUGGCCGACAUCUUCUCCAAGAUGCAGAAGCUCGGCGCCAAGCCCGUCGCCGACCUCGAUCUCGCCCUGUGCGCCUACCAAUGCGCGCGCAUGCUCAAGUACGCCUUUCACGUCGGCACCGACACGUCGGCCCUGACGGCCGACGCCGUCACCGCCCAGGCGAGGCUGUGUCUGCGCACCAUACGGCAGUGCUGCGCGGGCCCUGCGGCGGCGUCCAUCGGCUCCGACCUCGAGGCCCUCAUCGACAAGGGUCUCGGCCCGGCCUCGUCGCCGACGCGCAGCCCCGAGGCCUUUCGGAUCCACGGUGCGCUCCACGGCCGGGGGCCGGCGCGCAACGCCGUCCUCGGCAGCAUCGAGGUGUCCGACGACCCGGACGUCGUCGCCGCCACGAACGGCACCUUUGCCUCGGCGCCGGCCGCCGACAUGAGCCGGCUGGCGCUGCCCUCGGCCAUGAUGACGGAUCCUUGGCCCUCGAGCGCCGACUUUGCCGCCGCCGCCGACGGCGGGCAGCUGCUGCCGGCCGAGGCGGCGCUCGGGACGGCGAACGCCCGCGGCGACCCGGACUUCGCCCGCGAGCAGCUGAACAGUGCGUACGAAGGCGCACUCGACGGGCCGGGCCUCGACAACGGCCUCGACCACGCCAUGGGCAUCGACCUGACACCCUGGCUGCCCACGGGCGACUUUGUCUGGCCCGAGUUUUUGAACGGCAGCGUCGGCGUCUAG